CACACAUAUGCACAGUGUAGCAUGUUUCAGACUCACCAGGUAAACUCUCAUAACGAUGCGGACGGCAGCAACAAAACCGUGCCACGAGUGCCAUUAGGUCGCCCAGUCUUACGGCAAUGGGAGCUCACGGCUGAAUCUUCCAAGUACGAAAAGUCCAUUGCCGCUCCUUCAGAUCACGAUCUUGUCCUCAUGUGGACAAUCUGGGGAACGCUUCUGUCGAUACUGAGUCUCAUCCUGCUCGUCAUCUUUCUUGCUGUGUUGUCCUCCAAAAAGGCACGGCGUAAUUCCUUCAAUCUUUAUUUAUUGUUCAUGAUUGGACCAAACAUGUACUAUAGUUCCCAGUGUGCAAUUACCUGCGCCUGGAACGCCAUCUUGGGUCACUAUCAGAGCUCCCCCAUGUGUUUGUACCAGUCGUGGUAUCUCAUUUUCGGAAGUGGGGCCAAUUCCUGGAUGAUUGCCGUAAUUGCGUACGAACUGCACCGCCUAUUGCGUUUCUCGCGUCGACGACAGCGUUACUUUCCACCGCGGCGAGCCCGGGUGGUCACCGUAUCACUACUUGUGUAUGCGUGGGUGGCCUUUCUAGCAUUUUGGGGCGUUCUCUCCUUCCCGUGGCUACCGCACGAUACCAACGCUCAGAACGGUGCUUUUUGUAUUCCCAUCGAAACGAACCGCCGCGGGUCCCAAAUCACUGGCUGGCUACUCUUUUUACCGCUGCUUAUCAUGAUCCCUUUUGCGUACACGCUCGUCGUUAUUGCCGAUGUUGUAUGGAACAAGUUGUUGCCGCAGAGGGGGGCGGCCCGUGUUCUGGCCGUUUACUUUUUUCGUCUCGCCGGUUUGUACGCGCUUACCUGGGCGCCCACCUUUGUUGUAUUAUAUGCAGUGCGCGAUCAGGGACCCUGGGUGACCUGGGGUUGGGGGACCAUUUCGCAUUUACACGGACUUUUGGCUGCCUUGGUGGCCCUUUGGAAACCCGACAUUGCGCAAGCCUUUCGAAGCUUCGUUAGUUGUCGAGCGGAUCACGGUUGCCGUGGUUGUGUCUGUGCCACCGUGAACUCUUCGACCAUGGAGUCUUCCGACGACCAAUUGGAGCCUACUAGUACACAUCAUGGUCAAGAUGAUGAAGACGGUACGACGUGCAAUCUAAGUUCCAUGGGCGAUUCUGCUACUUUCUCGAUGAAAGCGAGUUCCUCGUCGUCGUUCCGACGCUUGUCGCCAUUGCCUAGCGUCCUAGCGAUUAUAGAAGAAGCCGACGGAUUGGAACCUUGAUGUUCACAUUCACCUUUAUCGACAGUGGAGCAGGCCGACCUCUCAAAGAGAACAAAGAAGAGUGCUUCACUCCCGUUUAAUGAGGGUAAUGGUGGCUUGACAACAAACUUAUGACGAGCGUUGCAUUAUCCUCACUGUGGCAUGCCUUUCUGAAGCAAACUGCUAUCGAUGCUGAUAACGAGAACAACAUUGCCGAUUGUGAUAAAUGUCCAUACAUCAAAGUGUCCAAGGAUGAUUGAACCACAAUCGAUGAAAUUUGUGCACAGCAAAUGUGCCGGCUCCAGUGAAUUUCAAGAAGUUUGAGGCGUAGCAGUGUCAAAAUGCUUAUCUGGUGGUCAAGUGACAUACAAGCGAAUUUCUUUGUAAGAAAGAGGAUGACUUUUAAAUUAUCGCUUACCAUGGCUUGACGUGGAGAAGCGAACAAGCGAAAGCCGUCAAUAGGAAAAAUGCGCUCCUUUGCGGACGUCACAGCCUUCAGCGAGGAGAUAAUUGUGGAAUGACGCCAUCCGAGAGACAGACUGCGCGAAAAAAAUGGAUCUUGCUCUGCCGGUCCAGACAAAUGACUAGCCGUCUUGGUGGUGAAAAAUGUCGUAGCUUGUGAUUUACUCUUGACGAAAGCGAGCAUGUGAAGUCCUGCUAUUCCUCCUUUGAGAAUCCUGGCCUCACCAGAAAAGCUUGUCAUGGCAAGGUUAUGGAUUUUAUGUAUGCCAUGAUCCGUCGUGUGAUUGCGUCCCUUGCUCGGGAUGAACCUGUGACACAAAAACCACUUCUCGGAGUGCCACUGUGGUAAAAAGAGAGUCCCACCCAGAAACGCCCAAUCUUGUACAAAACUGAUACAACACCAAGCCGAUGUCGUUUGCCAGCAUCUGCGUCUUGAAUAGCUCUUAAAUAUCUUUGAUUUUGCUCCACUGUUUUUCAGGAAGUUGCCAGCAAGAUGAGAAGAAGCCAUGACGAGCGCGCUUACAGAACCCUCAUAUUGGCCUGAGGAUCAGCUACGUGAAAAAUUACAAGUCCGAUGUCCCAUUUUUCGGGGUGGGUCGACAGCAGGCCGCUGUCGCCCGCACAGGAGGCGUCUAGACACAAAUGCGACGAAGUGUUUUUCUUCAGAACAUUUGGAGCAG